AUGGCUAAAUGAUCUUUUGAGCGGUAAAACAAAAACACGCUCUGCUCUCUCCUUCGUAUUCACAUUCUCAAUCCAUCGCCUUUUUCUCCUCUUUUUCUCCUUUGAAAACCCUCUCUGUAUUACUUUUUUUUCCUUUCAUCCGCCUCUAUAUCUAGAAACCCUAAUCUCCAUUCUCUCUUCUCCCUCUUCGUCGCCUUACAUCUUCUUCCUUUGUACGUUGUUUAGGGUUUUACAAAAAUAGAGAUUCAACAAACAACGCAGAGUAUGAAUCUGAGGAACAAAAGACCGAUCCUUUUAUUGGUCUAUUCUAUUUUUCUUCUUUGAUCAAUCUUCUAAUAGGUUUGGCAUUCUUCUAUAAGUCGUGAUGAUCAGCUUCAGGGCUGCCCACCACAGAGGCGGCUCCAUGAUGACCCUGUGGAAAACAACAAAUGGAGGCAUUGCCAGAUGUGCGAAAGGAUAAUCGAUUCAAUGCGUGCUUUCUAUCACAUGACAUGUCGAUAUGAUUACAGAAACAAUAUUGUUGUAUCCCUUUAUUUUAAACAUUUUUUACUUUUUUGAAAUAUUAUGGCAUUCGUCUAUAAGUCCAAACCCAGGUUUAACUUUUAUACGGGUCAAAAUUGCCACCUCUACUUGAUGCGUUAGAGGUCAUGUUUAAGUUUGAUUUGUUGUUCAGGUUGAUGAUGCAGAAACUAUAGUUAACCUAACAGAAGAGAUGGAGUCAACUGAUACCGCACUUCUUGAAGAGGCUGCCACCAUUGUUAAAGAAUUGAACAAGGCGUUGGAUAAGUUUGAGCUGAGUCAGCUUCUAUUGGGCCCUUAUGACAAAGAAGGUGCUGUUAUCAAUAUAACUGCUGGUGCUGGAGGUACCGAUGCACAGGACUGGGCUGAUAUGCUUCUAAGGAUGUAUGUAAGAUGGGGAGAGAGACAAAGAUACAAAACAAGAGUUGUUGAAAAGUCAAUGGGAGAAGAAGCUGGGAUCAAGUCAGCUACAAUCGAGGCUGAAGGUCGAUAUGCGUUUGGAUAUUUGUCCGGUGAAAAAGGAACACAUCGAAUUGUUAGACAAUCUCCUUUUAACGCAAAAGGUCUUCGUCAGACAAGCUUUUAUGGCGAUGAAGUGAUGCCUCUUCUUCCAGAAGAUUCACUAAAUGUUGAAAUACCAGAGGAAGACCUGCAAAUAGGUUUCUCGAUAGCCGGUGGGAGCGGUGGUCAGAAUGUUAAUAAACUUGAAACCGCUGUUCGGAUAACCCAUAUUCCAACCGGAGUAACCGUUCGUUGUACAGGGGCUGCUUUCUCUCUUCAUUUGACCUGUUUUUUUUUUGUUAAAUCCGUAAACUUAAGCCAUUUUAUUCUUUUGGAUAAAAAUAUCCCAAAUCUGUAUGUAACAAAGCAAAGGCAGUUAUUUUAUUAUAAAGUUAAACAACUCAAACAAGUGUACACUCCCGGCCCCGCACCUCCUAACUUGCUUGAUGUGUAUUAUAAUUCACUUGGUCACCAAGUCAAUCCCGGUUACACUAAAAUAUAUAACCUGUUUCGUAAAAGGGUGCAAUUAAGAUAUUGUCCAACGGUUCUGUCUGCAGAAUUUAGGAAUUUAGAAGAUAUAUAUAGCUUGCCACAUUGAUGAAGUCUUCGCAUUCAUCAGGUUGCUUUCGCUCGACUGUUCAAAUUAAGCCAACCAACCCAUUUAUACGAGACGGCAUCAGGAAUAAGGGAGAAGGUAGCGGCGGAAAACGAUCUUAUGUUACAUUUACGAAAAAUUCGCUUCCUUUACUGAUGAUUGACAAUAGAUGUCACUUCAAAUCUUUAUCAGCUAAGUGUUUGGCUAAACGCUCGCACUGCGCGAGGUAGGUUUUGACUUUUCUUUUUCUUUUUUUAAUAUAGUCAUGAUCUAAAAGAGAUUUUCCUAAACAUCAGCUCAAUCGCCAGUCGUCAAAACCAUCAGUUAGCAGCUCGGUACUUGCCAACUGAUCUGAAUGGAAAUCUAUCAAGCUGUGACAAAAUUGCAGGCAAAUGUUCAAGCCCGAGUGGUCCCGCUUACAGAAGGUUUUAAAUUAAUGUACUCAUCAUAGACACAUAAUUUGGCUUCAAUAUUUGUGCAUAUUUAGAAUUCUUGAGAUUCAAGUAAUGAAGCCAUUGUAUCAAUUCAAAAUUCAUGAUCAACAUUUAAAAAGGAA